AUGGCAGGAGGUUUUUUUGACCUUCCGAUCUCCCGCAGCGCCUCUGAUGAAGGAUCAUCAAGUAUAUCACGGCCGCGUUCCUUUAAAUCAUCACUGCCCAGUGAUAGCUUCCAAGGCCAGUCUCAGGUGCAGAGCUUCAGUGACGCUAGCGCACAGGGCAAGCAUCGGAAUGCAGGAAUUCUCAAAAGCAAGAACCGUGUAAAGCUUACAGCCAGCGAGUCCGAGGCAAGAGACCAGCAAACUGGGUCCAUGGUCGAAUUCCGACUGGAUCGAAGGGGCACUGAGCUGCUGCAAAAACCAUUACCCACUGCCAGCAUUCCAGGCUUCCAGGAAAAGGUCCCAUCAAGCUCUCAACUGGCAUCAAAGGUGGAAGAUGAUCACAUUCGUGCGUCAGUAGAUGUCGCCGGUUUGACGAUCAGCACCAGAACUAGCGCCCCAGGAACGUCAGGAGAAUAUGAACUUGGUCAGGGUACGCAUGACAAGGGGCGUGCCAUCUGCUUCGCCCAUGAAAGGGCCCACAGGCUCGCAUCCCUUCUCAAUUGCGCCCAGAAUUCUCUGAAGCAAAGCCCUCGGUGCAGCCUAGUGUCUUCAACUGGCUCCAACCCUGCUGAAUCGGUGUACCAGACCGAAGAUGCAGAUAAUUUUCCUGUGAUCAGCUUCCCCGAGAAACAACAACUCUUCGACACCUUGAUAGAUGAACAUGAAGCGGAAAUCUUAGAUGGGCGAUCACCACUGUGCAACGCCGAAGCCCAGUAUCUAGUGCAUCAAAUGUCACCCCGAGACCUUAACUUCCUGACUCGCCUUCGCCCUCGGUCCCCCGGCCUGCACUCCAGUGACCAAGACACCGCCAGCGAGGCCAGAAAAUCAUGCGAAUCUGCUGAACGAACCAGAAAUUACCGCGGAAGCAUUCUUUCAUCGCUACUCAAGAUUUACGACCAGCCUCCUUAUAGCCAGAACCAAAGUCGAGGACGUUAUGGGCGCUCUCGCCAGGGGAGCUCCUCCGAGUUCAGUGGACGCGGCCUGUCCCCGGACUCUGUUUGGAAACCACAGCGGAAGUGGUAUCAUAAAACAAUCGCUCGUUCCAGCAUUUCCAUGGCCGGCUCUUCCCGCCGCUCCGGCUCUCCUUUUGCCAUGCUCACGCGGUCCCGCAGCAGUGGUGCUGCCAUUCCAAGCUUAGGCCACUCACGUCCCAAGCCUCAGCUUGAGGAUGAAAUUCACAUCACUGUUCAUAUCGCCGAGCUUCUGUCUCGACAACGGUACUUGAUCCGGCUUUGUCGUGCUUUGAUGAAGUAUGGAGCUCCAACUCAUCGAUUGGAGGAAUAUAUGCGCAUGACAGCUCGUGUCAUCCAGAUCGAUGGCCAGUUUUUGUACAUACCGGGCUGCAUGAUCAUCUCGUUUGAUGAUGCCUCCACACACACAACAGAAGUCAAGGUUGUCCGGUCCAGUCAAGGCAUAGAUCUGGGUAAGUUGGCCGACGUACAUGAGAUUUACAAGGAAGUGAUUCACGAUGUCAUUGGGGUUGAAGAGGCAAUACAGCGACUCGAUGAGAUUAUGAAGAAGCAGAGCAAAUUCCACAUUCUAUUCCUCAUCUUCGCUCACGGCUGUGCUAGCGCAUGUGUUGGUCCCUUUGCCUUCAAUGCCCGACCGGUUGACAUCCCGGUGGCGUUUCUACUAGGGUGUCUACUCGGAGUUUUACAACUGAUCCUGUCAACCAAAUCGAGCCUUUAUUCGAAUGUGUUCGAGAUCUCUGCUGCAGUUCUCACAUCUUUCCUUGCUCGUGCCUUCGGAAGCAUCAGAUUCCAUGGGGAACCUCUGUUUUGCUUUUCUGCCCUCGCACAGUCGGCCAUCGCCCUCAUCCUCCCAGGGUACACUGUACUAUGUGCUAGUUUGGAGCUCCAGUCACGCAGUUUAGUUGCAGGCUCUGUUCGCAUGGUCUACGCUAUCAUUUACUCCUUGUUCCUCGGAUUUGGGAUUACCAUUGGCACCGCCGUUUACGGGCUCCUCGACUCUCAAGCCUCGACGGCGUAUACAUGCCCCGCCAGCCCCAUCCAUAACGAGUACCUGCAGCGGUUUCCGUUCGUGAUUCUCUUCACCGUGUGCCUGGCGAUCGUCAACCGCGCCAAGUGGAAACAAAUGCCGAUCAUGGUAGUGAUAUCUCUAGCUGGCUACGUGACCAACUACUUCAGCGCCAAGCGUUUCUAUACCAACACCCAAGUGUCCAAUGCCCUGGGCGCUUUUGUCAUUGGUGUGAUGGGCAAUUUCUACAGCCGGCUACGACAUGGACUCGCCGCUGCAGCCAUGCUCCCAGCUAUCUUUGUUCUUGUUCCUUCUGGCCUAGCGGCUAGUGGGUCUCUGAUUUCGGGUAUUACUUCUGCGGAGGAAAUGACCCGGUCUCCAUAUGCAGUUGUGAGCAAUGGAACACAAGGAUUUGUCGACGCGGCAAAGAAGCUAUCAGCCGAGGAGGCCAGAAACCAAAGCUAUGGUGUUGUUUUUGAUAUCGGAUACGGCAUGGUCCAAGUUGCUAUUGGCACGACGGUUGGUCUCUUCCUAGCCGCUUUGGUGGUUUAUCCGCUAGGCAAGAAACGAAGCGGACUGUUCAGCUUUUAG